GGCCUGCUGAUUAAUAUUUAACAAAAAUGGAACGGUAGUGCACGCCUGGAGUUGAGGGCAGGAAUUGUCUGAUACGUUUUUGGCGAAAUAAAGUAAAUAUGCUGCUUACCAUUCCGUUGAAAGUUAUUAGUGCGCAUUUCUUCUUUAGUUACACCUCGUGUUGUUCAUUAUGGGGAAAUGUCCAGACCACUCCAGAUAUUCCAGCGAUUGCUAAAUAUUUCACCACAAAAGGUAGAUAUGAAGAAGUGAACCCUUACCUCAUUGAUGACAUACUCGCUGUAAACAAAUCUCUUGUAAAGCCCCCAUCUGCAGAAUGUCGCGAAAUUCAUCUGACCGCUAUCAUACGGCACGGUUCAAGGUACCCGACGACGAAAAACGUCAAGAAGAUGCGAGCACUUCACAAUCUUGUUGUACAGAAGGCCUCUGGAGAGGAGCGCUGGUUGCGUGAAAUUACGCAGUGGAAGAUGUGGUACACUGAUGAGAUGGAUGGCCGUCUCGUUCAGAAGGGAGUCCUCGACCACAGGCAUUUGGCAGUCAGGUUGUCCAAGUUAUUUCCAUCAUUGAUAUCUAAGGAGAAGCUACAAGAUGGUCACAUCAAGUUCAUGACCAGUUCUAAGCACAGGUGUGUGAACAGCACCCUUUCUUUCCAGGGAGGACUGGCAAAGCUCUGGGACAUAGAAGAUGAAGAGAUUGACUACGAGGUGAACGAUGCACUGAUGAGGUUCUUUGACAAAUGCACCAGGUUUGUGGAGACUGUCGACAAGAACCAGUCAGCCAUGGCUGAGCUGGACAAGUUCACAUCCAGUGCAGAGAUGAGGAGGGUGCAGGAGAAGAUAGCAGACCGGCUCCUGGUCCCCUACAGCCACAUUACAUCAGACAUGGCUGAGGCUGCAUUUUACCUGUGUGCUUACGAGUUGGCCAUCAAAACCAUCAACUCCCCCUGGUGUCAACUCUUUGAUGAGGCAGAUGCACUGGUUUUGGAGUAUGCAAAUGACCUGAAGCAGUUCUGGAAAAGGAGUUAUGGUCAUGACAUCAACAGCAAGUCAAGCUGCAUCCUCUUUCAUGAUGUAUUCAGCCGUCUGGAUAGAGCGGCCAAUGAGAUCAGAUCUGGCAGUAAUGUCACAGAAGCAGUGACCAUCCAGGUGGGUCAUGCUGACACUCUCCUGCCUCUGCUGACCCUGCUGGGCUUCUUCAAGGACAGCGUGCCCCUGACCUCCAACAACUAUGUCACCCAGGGCCAGCGUGCCUUCCGCACCAGCCGCAUGAUGCCCUACGCUGCCAACCUGGUCCUUGUGCUGUAUGACUGCAGCGGAAACCUCCGUCUGCAGGCACUGCUCAACGAGAGGCCCCUGGCCUUCCCAGGCCUGGCCGACAACCAGGGAGAGGAGGGAGCCCCGCUCUACCAGGAUGUCAGAGAUCACUACGGGGAACUUCUCCAGGGCUGCGACUUUGAGAAGGAGUGCCAACUGUUCCCAUCCAAAUGAGGGAGUCAACGCUAUAAACGGGUGUCAUUCAUCAGUAAAGUGUGUCUCUGAUGUGUAUUCAAAUCAAAGUUUAUUGGUUGCAUACACAGAUUUGAAAGUGUUAUAGCAGGUGCAGUGAAAUGCUUAUGUUACUCGCUCCAACAGUGCAGUAGAAUGCUUCAAAUACACAAAUAGUAAAACAAUAUUUGCUGUAAUAUUAUAGAUAUGGUUAGACCAAUGUGGUGAGCUGCUGUGGUAGAGCACCACUUUACUUCUAUGGCUAGAUAAUUUGAUUGAGAGUGAAAUUUCUGUGUAUAUGCGCAAUGUUGGAAUGGAAUUAUGAUUCACUCUGUUCAAGGCCACAACAUCCGUUUAUUCAAAUGUAUGGUAGUAUUAGAGACACAACACAGAUUAAUCGGACCAAAUUUACCAAUUGAGAUCCAUUGGAGGCUCCUAAGGGGAGGACGGCUCAUAAUAAUGGCUGGAAUGGAGCGCAUGGAAUGGCAUUAAACACAUGGAAACUAUGUAUUUGAUACUAUUCCACUCCAGCCAUUACCAGGAGCCCGUCCUCCAAAAUGAAGGUGCCACCAACCUCCUGUGUUGAGAUCAAUCCACCAAAAGUGCUGACUUUAAUGUAAGCUUGCCACUACUACCAAUACAGAAGUAUUACUAAUAUUACUAGAAUCUGUCAAAUCAAACGGGAUACAGCUUAUGACCAAAAAUGACAGUUACUGUACAUAGUAGGUGAUACACUGCCCCUCUCCAGAAACAACACCUAUCCUCCAUGUACUUGUGUAGACCUGAGAAGAACGCAUAGGUGUAGUCAUUAUGAUUUUUUUUAAUGAAGUGGAGAUACUACCAUAUUUCGUACACCUAUUGUGGAGGUAUAGGCCAGAAUUGUGUUUUCUGGACAAGGACUAUGUAAUUUAUAUAAUGUCCUGCUGCUAGAUAUUACAGAAGUUAGGCCUAUAAUUGUUCUAAUACUGUAUAACGUGAUUAUUAUUAAAGUAUAAUUUAAACUA